AUGAAGGGUCUCCUCAAGAAAGCCAAAGCCGAAUUCGAUAAACUCACCGACAGCGACUCGCAAUCCCAUCAACAGCCACAACCUCAGCUGCCUCCUCGUCCGUCCGGGAAACCCAGCUACUCCCCAGGCCAGCAACAAACUCAUUACCGCGGUAUGGACCAAGACCAGCCCUCUACCAUCCGUGAGCCCAGUGCUCUCGAUAUUCUCCGCUAUCGCUAUCACCACGGGACGAACCUCGGCUCUGUCUACGUCCUCGAACGAUGGCUGUUCCCUUCUCGGUUUCCCGAUGGCGCAUCCGGCUCGAGCGAACUAGCUGCGGUCACUGCGUGGGUAGAACGGAUUGGAGUAGAAGCUACGAAGGCGAAGUUUGAAGAGGCGUGGUCGAAUGCAGUCACGGAUGAGGAUAUCCAGUGGUUGACCAACGAGGCAAAGUGCACCACAAUCCGCCUUCCCAUCGGUUACUUUGAUCUGCCUGGCACCGAAUUCACCCGAUCUACCCCCUUCGAGCCCUUCGCCCAAGUUUACGCCGCCGCCUGGGCCAGCAUCCGAACUCUGAUCUCGCGCCUGCGCGCCCACUCCAUCGGCGUUCUCCUCGACCUGCACGCCCUACCAGGCGGCGCAAACGCGCAAGAGCACUCCGGUACUAACAGUGGGACUGCGGGGUUCUGGAACUCGCAGGGCAAUCGCGACCUCGGGAUCCGCUGCUGCGAGUUCAUCGCUGUAGAAGCCUCUUCCGGUCUCGACAUCGUCGGCAUUCAAACUGUCAAUGAAGCAGAAUGGGAAAGCGAGCGCAUGUACGAAUGGUACGAUGACUGUAUAGCCGCUAUUUCCGCCAUCGAUCCCAGCAUCCCCGUGAUCGUCUCCGACGCCUGGAACCUCCCCAAAGCCGUUGACUACUGCAUGAAGAAGAACAUCGCCUACCCAUCCAGGCCCACCUGCCCCGUCCUCAUCGACACACACUACUACUGGGCCUUCACCGACGCGGACAAGCGAAAGACGCCCCAGCAAAUCAUUCAAGAAGCAAGCAAAAAGCUCACCGAGCUCGACGGAAAAGAGGGCUCCGUCCUCGACCGUGGCGCCGUCCAAGCCCUCGUAGGCGAAUACUCAUGCGUCCUCACCGAAGACUCCUGGUCUAAAGCUGGCGAUACGCCUCGCGCUGACCUCGUCCGGCAAUUCGGCAACGCCCAGUCUCGCCGCUACCAACUGCGCGCCGGGGGAGCCUUCUUCUGGACGUGGAAAAUGGACUGGAUGCCCGGGGGCGAAUGGGGCUUCAAAGCCCAAGCCUCUUCAGGUGCUAUCAUGCCGUCGGUCAAUGCCACGAUUCCAGAGCGCGAUAUCUACAACCUACUAGAAAGAGCUCGCCACCGCCGCGACGAGCGCAUGUACGCUGCCGUAGAUCAGCACGUGAGCUACUGGGACCAUACGGCGCCAAACAUGCCGGCCGAGCACUGGCGGUACGAGAACGGGUGGAAGGUCGGGUAUCAGGACGCGUACGUUUUCUUUGAAGGACGGGGGACCCAAGCUGUCGGACAAGGCAACAAGAUUGGAAAUAUGGAGAUGUGGGUGUUGAAGAGGGUUAGGGAGUCAGGUAUGAGGGGAGGCUUCGUGUGGGAGUGGGAGCAGGGCCUGCGCAGGGGGAUACGGGACUUCGAGGGCGUGGUGGGGAUUUGA